CACGACCGACCAUCCUCAACCUCAAGCCACAAACCUCACCACACUAGCUAGCUAGCUUACGCGGCACACAAAUUCAGCAACAAUGGCUCUGGCUGCCCGGAGAAGCGAGAACAGCACGACCGAAGCCGCCGUCCAGAGCCGGUACUUCGUCCCCGCCGGUGCCGGCAACGGCGGGAGGACACCGAAAGGGUACGUUCCGAUAGUGCUGGUCGGCAACGGCGACGAGGGAUGCGCCGAGGAGAGGGUCAUGGUGCACGUCGCCAUGCUCAAGGAGCCGUGCAUGGAGGGGCUGCUGGAGAUGGCUGCGCAGCAGUUCGGGUACGGCCAGCAGGGCGUGCUCAGGAUCCCCUGCGACGCUCGGCAGUUCCACCAGAUGAUGGUUACCGUCCACGGCAAAUCCAGAUCAUAAACUUUGAUCUGCAUAGGUGCAUCAGACGGUUCUUCUGGUUUCCUGAUCUUGUGCUCGGUGAUAUGGAGUAUUAGAAAAGCAAGGCCCGGCUUAAUUGUAUUAGUUGGUGAAAAUGAGUCGUAACAGUAGUGAUAUAGUGCUCAUUCCAUUAUUUGAUCCACUUGUAUACAAAGUCAAUUGGUUUAUAUGUG